AUGAGUCACCGUAAGUAUGAGGCGCCGCGCCAUGGCUCCCUAGGUUUCCUGCCUCGCAAGCGAGCUGCUCGCCAUCGCGGCAAGGUUAAGGCGUUCCCCAAGGACGAUCCUAAAGUACCAGUGCACUUGACUGCCAUGAUGGGUUACAAGGCUGGUAUGACCCAUAUUGUCCGCGAUCUCGACCGUCCUGGAUCCAAGAUGCACAAGAGGGAGGUCGUCGAGGCGGUCACGGUCAUCGAGACACCACCAAUGGUUGUUGUUGGUGUUGUUGGCUAUGUUGAGACUCCCCGUGGUCUUCGCACCCUCACUACUGUCUGGGCGUCUCAUCUUUCGGACGAGCUCAAGCGUCGCUUCUACAAGAACUGGUACCGCUCGAAGAAGAAGGCGUUCACCCGCUACGCGAAGAAGCAUGCUGAGGACGGUGGCAAGUCCAUUGCGCGCGAACUCGAGCGUAUCCGCAAGUACUGCACGGUGGUUCGCGUUCUUGCACAUACGCAGAUCCGUAAAACCGGUCUCAGCCAGAAGAAGGCUCACCUCAUGGAGAUUCAGGUCAACGGUGGUUCCGUUGCUGACAAGGUCGAGUUCGCUCAGGGCUUGUUCGAGAAGCCGGUCGACGUCAGCACAGUCUUCGAGCAGGAUCAGGUCGUCGACAUCAUUGCUGUCACGAAGGGUCAUGGUUUCGAGGGUGUCACUCACCGAUGGGGCACGAAGAAGCUGCCGAGAAAGACCCACAAAGGUCUUCGCAAGGUCGCCUGUAUCGGUGCCUGGCAUCCUUCGAAAGUCAUGUUCUCAGUUGCUCGUGCGGGUCAAAAUGGAUACCACCACCGUACCGAACUCAACAAGAAGAUCUACCGCAUUGGUCUUGGCUCUGACGAUGCGAAUGCGUCGACGGAGUCCGACAUCACCAAGAAGACAAUCACGCCAAUGGGUGGCUUCCCUCACUAUGGUGUUGUGAAGAACGACUAUCUCAUGCUGAAGGGUUCCAUCCCUGGAACCAAGAAGCGUGUCAUCACCAUCCGCAAGUCGCUCAUGGUACACACAUCUCGCCGCGACCUCGAGAAAGUCCAGCUAAAAUUCAUCGACACCUCCUCGAAGUUUGGUCACGGGGCAUUCCAAACGUUCGAGGAGAAGGCGGGAUUUUUGGGCACACUCAAGGCGCGGGCGUGA